AAAUUUUAAGGUGGCUGAGAGCCACUUAACUUCAAACAUCGUCGCCGCUAAAUUUUAAGGUUAGUGUCUCUUCCCGUGAAUUCGAUGCCAUCAGCAAUGGUGGCUUUUUCAACCUUUCUGGCGCCGACAUCACUGAAGCCGUCAACUUCAUUGCCUUCAACAACCACUCGCCGAAAUAUCAAACCUAACGCUCUUCCAUUCUCCUCUUCCAAUGCGUUCUCUGCACGCGUUCACGCCUACAGGCCCCUCCGCAUUCGCGCCAUCGAUGCGGCCCAGCCCUUUGACUACGAGUCCAGAGUGGCCCAACAGUUCCACGACGCCCAGAGGCUGAAGAUCGCCAUCGUGGGCUUCGGCAACUUCGGCCAGUUCCUGGCCCAAACCCUCGUCCGACAGGGCCACACCGUCCUGGCCCAUUCCCGCUCCGAUUACACCGACGAGGCCCGCAAACUCGGCGUCACGUUUUUCCACAACCCCCACGACCUCUGCGAGGAGCACCCCGAAGUCAUCAUCCUAUGCUCCUCCAUCAUCUCAACCCAGCACGUGCUCCAAACUCUCCCUCUCCACAGCCUCAAACGCAGUACACUAUUCGUCGAUGUUCUCUCCGUCAAGGAGUUCCCCAAAAACCUAUUGCUUCACGCGCUCCCUUCCGAUUUCGAUAUCCUAUGCACGCACCCGAUGUUCGGUCCACAAAGCGCGCCUCGCGCGUGGACCAGUCUCCCCUUCGUCUUCGAGAAGGUUCGAAUCGGCGACGACGACCGCCGAAUCGAGCGGUGCGAGAAGUUCCUCAACAUCUUCGAGAGGGAAGGGUGCCGAAUGGUGGAAAUGUGUUGCGCCGAUCACGAUAUGUUCGCCGCGGGGUCGCAGUUCAUCACGCACACCGUUGGGAGGGUUUUGGAGAUGCUGAUGCUGGAGUCCACUCCGAUUAACACCAAAGGUUACGAGUCUUUGAUCAAUUUGGUGGAGAACACUUAUGGGGAUAGUUUUGAUCUCUACUACGGGUUGUUUAUGUUCAAUAAGAAUUCGCUGGAGAUGUUGGAGCGGUUAGAUUUCGCGUUCGAGGAUUUGCGGAAACAGCUCAUGGGCCGGUUGCAUGGUGUUGUGAGGGAGCAGCUGUUUCAUAAUGCUGGGAUUGGAAAGGGGCAGAGUUUACCAGAUGACUAUGGGUAUAAACUGCUCAAGAAGGGUCAAAAUGGAUCGGCACCUGUGCUGUCACUCCCCUCCAAAGAACACAGAUCCGAUGAUGUUGCUAAACUUGACAAAUACCAGACAAAUGAUUCAAGUCAGUCUGCAGACAACUCAAAGCUCAUGAUUGCUCUAAAUGGAUUUGCACCUGUACUAUCACGAUUCACCAAAGAACUUAGAUCCGGUGAUGUUACCGAACUCAGCAAAUUCAAGCCAAAUAUUUCAAGCCAAUCUGAAGGCAGCACCAAGCUCAAGAUUGCAAUUAUUGGUUUCGGCAAUUUUGGUCAGUUUCUUGCAAAAGCUAUUGUGCGUCAUGGUCAUCAAGUUUUGGCAUACUCCAGAUCGGACUACUCUCAUGUGGCUGAGGAAAUGGGGGCUUCAUAUUUUAAUAGUGUUGAUGAUCUUUUUGAACAACAUCCAGAAGUGAUUUUACUUUGCACUUCAAUCCUUUCCACGGAGAAAGUUCUUAAGUCAUUACCUGUGCAGAGAUUGAAGAGAAAUACUUUAUUUGUGGAUGUGCUUUCUGUCAAAGAAUUUCCUAGAAAUUUGUUUCUUCAACAUUUGUCACAUGAUUUUGAUAUUCUCUGCACGCAUCCUAUGUUUGGGCCAGAGAGUGGAAAAAACGGGUGGAACGGUCUUGCUUUUGUUUAUGAUAAGGUUAGAAUAGGAACAGAUGAAUCAAGAACUUCACGAUGUGAUCGGUUUCUGGACAUUUUUUCUGGUGAAGGGUGCCGAAUGGUUGAAAUGUCAUGUGCAGAACAUGAUUGGCAUGCUGCUGGAUCACAAUUUAUCACUCAUACUACUGGAAGAUUUUUAGAAAAACUAAAGUUGGAGGCAACGCCGAUUGACACAAAGGGUUACGAGACAUUGUUGAGUUUGGUGGAAAAUACUGCUGGAGAUAGUUUUGAUCUGUACUAUGGAUUGUUCUUGUAUAAUGCAAAUGCCAUGGAGCAACUAGAAAGAUUCGAUCUGGCCUUUGAGUCAUUGAAGAAGCGGCUUUUUGAUCGUAUGCAUGGUUUCUACCGACAGCAAGUAUUUAAACAUGAAGAAAAUCUCCACAAUGUAACAGAGAGGCGUAUGUUGCCUAAGGGCUCUGAAGAAAAAUAAUGCAGUGCCAUUUUUUGUAGUGCUGUUGUGUACACUAAAUGAAAUCGAUUUCCUUGAUUCACCUGUCA